AUGACGAAAAGCUCCUCGCAGCGCAAGAAAGAGCUUCGCGAACAAGUCAAGGAGGCGGCAGCACUGGGUCCCUCUCGGGGAGAUCGGCCCCAACAGGAGCCGAUUCCCGAGGAGGCCGCGCCAGCCACCGGCGAGGAGAAAGGUGCUACCCCCGAGGGGACAGCGAACGGGAGCGACGAGGACGACAACGACGGCGACGAAGGGGAAUGGGGCAACGAGAGCGAACGGCAUGUCAUGUACGAGUUGCUCGACGGCUUCCGGUCACAGAACGUGUCCGCGGACGAUCGGCACGCGCUCAUGACCUCCGCUGGGGGCCAGUUUGCUGACAUGCUCUCACGCCACUGGACGGAGAAGUCCACUCCACCCGAGUGGCUGGUGUCCCUCUUCCGCCCCACCGCACCUCCCACCACCACGACUCCGGCUUCUGCAGAGGAAGUGGCUCAGCUGAAGCAGACUGUGUCCUCAAACACGGCGGUUAUCAAAGACCUGCAAGCUGAGGUCACCCGGCUCAAGUCGAUGCGGCCGCCGAACAAGAACAGCACAGCGAGUCAGGGUGCCCGAAAAAGGUGCGCACCGCGGGUAAAGGCAGUUCUUCCUCGGCAUCGAAAGGGGAACCGUGCCCCUACCCGGGGUGCAAGUUCAACCAUCCCCUUGAACAGUGCGGAUUAAAGAAAAAACACGCUCAAGACAAGGGAUGGACUUGGACUAAAGCUUGACGGGGCCCUUCACGGGACUCCUCGCUCGUAGGGAGACAGGUCGAUAGCACACCGUUAGCUGAAGAAACUCAUGUAGCACAGGAUGCCCAAGUUGAUUUAGCCCCGUAUGUGCAUGACAGUAGCAAAUCGAGGGAAUAAUUUUUUCCUCGGGUGAGAGGUGGUGAUGUGACGUCCGUUCAAGAUUUUAGCAGUAAUUCUGAGACAUCGGUAACAGAUUCUGCCCAGGCACCGUUUCAUAGUCGGUCAAGUAGCAAAGCAGGGAAAAAUAGGAAGAACAAACGCACUCGUGCGCCGACUUCUAGGUUAGCCCCGCAAGCUGAAUUUGUACUGACUGGUAGUAUGCCAUUUAAUCAUAACACGGAAAGACUGCCUCUGUUUCAAGUGCAUCGAGUGGUGGACCCACUUAUGCGGCGUUUCAUGCGUCAGCACUGAGGAAAUACCCACAACACCCGAAUGCGUUAAAUUCGUCCUCCAAGAGAGUGCGAAUUCCUGCCCGAGUUUGUAAUCACGCUGUGUCUGACCUCACUAUCGACACAGCAGCUGAUGUACCGUGUAUAUCAGCGUCUUUUAUUAAAUCGCAUCCAGUCCUGCAACGUUUACCUCUGAAACCUGUGCCUCCUGGCGCAAUUCAGUUGAAUAGUGCAGAUGGCUCAGCGUUAGAAAUCCUAGGAUACAUCCGUUUUAAGCUCACACUGGGAGAUAUCACACUACCAGUGGAGACCCUCGUGUUGCCCAACCUAGGUCCGGAUAAGAUGUUGCUCGAUAAUAGCAUUAUGAAUGCCUUUGGUGCCGUCCUUGAUU